GAGCCCGAGCGGGAGCCGCGAGCCGGGCUGUCGGGGCGCCCGCGGGAGCUCGCCGCGCGCCGGGGCUGGGACCGGCCAGGCCGAGCGCGCCGGCGCCGUGGCCGCAGACAAAGGCGCUGCUCGCGCCCGGGCCGCCGCGCUCCCGGGCUCUGAUCGUAGCUGUUGUGUCAUUGGAUGCUUGAUGGGGCUGCCUGGACUUCUCUUGGCUCUGAGUCAACUCAUUAUCUCAGCACCUGCCUCUCCAGUGUCCAUCAGCUAGAGCGCAUGCCUGUCACCGUGUACGCACGCGGUAGGACUGCCUGAUGCAUUUGUUCAUGCUGCAGAUCUGGGAGCAAGGGAAGGAGCCUGGGUCUGAGAGAUGCCACAUUGCUGCGGCCUCUCUGGGUGCAGCGGAACUCAGUCUCCGCCGAGGCGGCGUGGAUGAGGGGGUGGAAGACGAUGCGGCCCAGAGCUGAAGGCUGCACGGGCUCCCGGCUGAGCGGCUGAGCUGCCCCUGAACUUGGAACGGCCGUCAGGUGCAGCGCUCAUGAGAGGUGCACACCUUGCUCCAGCUUCCAGAAGAUUCUUUCUACCAGCUCCCCUUGGAUUCCAAAAGCCAAUCCAGCUCACCGGGCUGACGGGACCCCUUCCUACCGCUUAGAACACCAAGGGAGACUGUGAUACAACUGAGCUUUGAGCCAUCUUAAGGAAAGAGACGCAGCUUAGCAAAGCUCUGCACUUGAGCCAGCAAGGGCCUCUGGUGACAAAGGACUCAAAGGGACGGUUUCUGCAUCUUUUGCUUUGAGGUCCAUUGGGAUUUAAAAACAAAGUUUCCAUUCCUCAGAUAACGACACUAUUUUUCUUCCUUUCUAAGAUGCCCCAUUUGAAAGAAGCAUGAGCCAUUCUAAGCUGCCCAGUAGCUUCAGGAAGCCCAGGCAUUGGUGCACAGCCCUCCCGGUGCAGGUUGAGACAGCCUGAGUCCCGAGUGGAGCAGCUCCGUGAGGACAGAGGUCAUCCCUGUCUGCAGAGAGCUGGUGGCGGUGACCUCGGCAGGAGCGGAAGCACCUCUCGGCCGUGGCAGCUGACAGGAUGCAGCGUGCUGGGGAGCCCGCUAGCCAGCACUUGGCCUUUCCCGACUGCCCCUUCCUCGCGAGGGCAGCCCCACACCACUGACCCGACCAUGGCCGAGAGGGGCGACUGCCUCGCCAGCGCCUAUGGGUAUGACCUCGGCGGGCGCUUCGUCGACUUCCAGCCCCUGGGCUUCGGCGUCAACGGGCUGGUGCUGUCGGCCGUGGACAGCCACACCUGCCGCAAGGUGGCGGUGAAGAAGAUCGCCCUGAGCGACGCCCGCAGCAUGAAGCACGCGCUCCGCGAGAUCAAGAUCAUCCGGCGCCUGGACCACGACAACAUCGUGAAGGUGUACGAGGUGCUGGGGCCCAAGGGCGCCGACCUGCAGGGCGAGCUGUUCAAGUGCAGCGUGGCCUACAUCGUGCAGGAGUACAUGGAGACCGACCUGGCGCGCCUGCUGGAGCAGGGCACGCUGAGCGAGGAGCACGCCAAGCUGUUCAUGUACCAGCUGCUGCGCGGCCUCAAGUACAUCCACUCGGCCAACGUGCUGCACAGGGACCUGAAGCCCGCCAACAUCUUCAUCAGCACCGAGGACCUCGUGCUCAAGAUCGGCGAUUUUGGCCUGGCGCGGAUUGUCGAUCAGCACUAUUCCCACAAGGGUUAUCUGUCAGAAGGGUUGGUCACAAAGUGGUACCGCUCCCCACGACUGCUCCUGUCCCCCAACAACUACACCAAAGCCAUCGACAUGUGGGCUGCGGGCUGCAUCCUGGCUGAGAUGCUCACGGGGAGGAUGCUGUUCGCUGGGGCUCACGAGCUGGAGCAGAUGCAGCUCAUCCUGGAGACCAUCCCUGUGAUCCGGGAGGAAGACAAGGACGAGCUGCUCAGGGUGAUGCCUUCCUUCGUCAACAGCAGCUGGCAGGUGAAGAGGCCACUGCGCAAGCUGCUCCCGGACGUGGACAGCGAAGCCAUCGACUUCCUGGAGAAGAUCCUGACCUUCAACCCCAUGGAUCGCCUCACAGCCGAGAUGGGGCUCCAGCACCCCUACAUGAGCCCGUACUCGUGCCCCGAGGACGAGCCCACCUCGCAACACCCAUUCCACAUAGAGGACGAGAUCGACGACAUUGUGCUGAUGGCCGCCAGCCAGAGCCAGCUCUCCAACUGGGACAGAUACCCGGUGAGCCUGUCCUCGGACCUGGAGUGGCGGCCCGACCGGUGCCAGGACGCGAGCGAGGUGCAGCGCGACCCGCGCGCGGGCUCGGCGCCGCUGGCCGAGGACGUGCAGGUGGACCCUCGCAAAGACUCGCAAAGCAGCUCCGAGCGCUUCCUGGAGCAGUCGCACUCGUCCAUGGAGCGCGCCUUCGAGGCCGACUACGGGCGCUCGUGCGACUACAAGGUGGGCUCGCCGUCCUACUUGGACAAGCUGCUGUGGCGCGACAACAAGCCGCACCACUACUCGGAGCCCAAGCUCAUCCUGGACCUGUCGCACUGGAAGCAGGCGGCCGGCGCGCCCCCGGCGGCGGCGGCGGCUGCAGGGGCAGCGGGCGCGGGGCCGCGCGAGGAUGAGCCCGCCAGCCUCUUCCUGGAGAUCGCGCAGUGGGUGCAGAGCACGCAGGCCGGCGGUGAGCGCGCCCCCGCCAGCCCCGAGCGCCGCCGCGCCGCCUCGCCCCCCGGCCGCCCCGCGCUCGGCGACGGCGGCGCCAGCCCGCAGUUCGACCUGGAUGUGUUCAUCUCGCGCGCGCUAAAGCUCUGCUCCAAGCCCGAGGACCUGCCGGACAACAAGCUGGGCGACCUCAACGGCGCGUGCAUCCCUGAGCACCCUGGCGACCUCGUGCAGACAGAGGCCUUCUCCAAAGAACGGUGGUGAGGGCCGAGGGGUCUCGCGGCAAAGCCGGGCUCCCCCGCCUGCCCGCGCGCCCCUCGCUGCUGCCUUGGGGGGAGCAGAACACCUGUAGGAUCCGAGGAGCCGAGGAAUGUCCAUUGCUUAAACUGCCUUAAUAACGAGCCUUUAACCUCUGGGAGCGGGAUUGGACAGGAGCCUGAUGGGGGAUGGGCCCCGGGCCGGCAGAGGGGAGGGGGUGCGUUUCGCAGGUGGUGGCGCGCAGGGAAGAAACUGGGCAGCAGUCUGCAGGCCCUGCCUGGGCCGCGCCAUGCAGAGAAGUCUUGCAGGCCUUCUGCCCACUAGCCUCAACCGACAGCCGAGGCAGGACGAGGGGCCCCGACAAGCAAAAUGACUCGCUGAAGAUGGCAGGCCGGGUCGGUGGCAGCCAGUGGCUGGCCUCGAUCGGAAAACCUGGGCCACGGUGUUUUCUUCCCUGUCCACUGCCCUCGGACCCGUCCCGUGUUCUUGGAUUCAGAGCAGUGUUCCUUGAAUUCCCAAACUGACGGGAAGCCCGUUUCUCUGCCCCUCACCAGCGUAUUCCUCUCUGGCUCCCUGUGUGCUUCAAUGCUCUCCUCCCGCCACCCCCCUCUCUUUGCCUUGUUCCUGUGUGGUCUGAACUGGUUGUUUCAGAUCCCAGUGGUUUGGGGACCAUUGCUAUAGUCAGUCAUUCUCCCAGGCUUGUGCACAUGUCUACCCCAGCAAUCACUCCCUAUGCACUUUCCUGACACACACAUGCACACGCAGCCCUCAGGCCCCAGUGCACGGCGUACACGGGUGAGUUUGAAGAUAGCAGUGCCAGGAGCCCCUGUAGCCCACCCCUAGACCCCACUCCACCCCCACCCCUCGUAGCCACAGCUCCCCACCAAGCCUACCUCGGGACCUUAUGCUCUUGGCGCGAAGUGUUCGCUUAGAGGAAAGCAGUGAGUGCCUGCCGUCGAGCAAACGUGUUAGAAGGUUUCUCUUGGAAACCAUCACUCUUGGUUAAUGCUGCCCUUGACUCUGAUCGUCUUAGCCUUAGGGCGAGGAACGGGCCCUAAAGAAAUGUGGCUGGAGAGCCAAGGAAUCUAGAAAGAUAGGAGGGUAGGAAAGAAGGGGUGCCGAUCCAGGGCCCUCAGGGGUCAGGCACCAGCAGGGUGGACAAGGAAGGGACAGAAAGCAAGUUUGCUGCUUGUAGUUCAGUAGUUUAGGCCAGGAUGAGGCUGGAGCACACAGGCAGGCCCUGUGCAGGAGCAAAAGGUGGUGACAAUGCCAGCUCCCAGUUGGGCCCCCUGGAGCGCUCUGCCAUCUCUGCUGCUGGUCCCCAGCACCCCCAAGAUGCCCACAGGAAGCCCGCCCGGCCUGCAGGUAGAGGGCCCUCCAGGGCUGCUCCUAGGCCAUGUUCACUCACAUCCCAGCACCUUAAAUAUCUGAUCAGCAAACUAGGGGUUGUACGUUGAAACCUGUGACACGUUAGGACUGAUAUUUAAAACAGAACUAAUCACACUGACCUGUUUUUAAAUAGAGAAUAUGUAUAUGUGAAUUGUGUGGGGUUUGCUUGGGUUUUGGUUUUGUUAUUUUAAAGAAAAGGAAAUGCACACCACUCCUCAUGUGCCAUUUUGUCCUCAGAGGGCGGCUCUUGGUGAAGGAACCAGCUGCUGACCUUACCGGGAGUUCAUAUAUAAUUGUUAUUACAGAGGAAUUGUUAUAAUGACUCAUGUUUUAAAAAAGAAUCUAUUACACAUUGUUAAACUUGAUCAGGAUGGGCCAAAUAAAGUUUUAUUAGAACAUAGA